AUGGGAUCGAAAGACAAAAAGUCUAAAGAGGAAGGAAAAAAGAAGAAAAAAGCUGAAAAGGUGGAGCAAGAAGAAGAAGAGGAAGAAGAUGAUGAGGAGGACUCGCCAAAGAAAAAAAAAAAGAAAAAGAGCAAGAAAGGGUCCAACAACAGCGAUGAUGAAGGCAGAAAAGGCAAAGGCAAGAAGAAGAAGAAAGUUGUGGACUAUGCUGAGAUCUAUGAGAAUGAGUUAAGGAACUAUGAAUCUAAUAAAGAGGAGAACUAUGAAGAUGAAUACCAUAAAAAGAAAGUGUUUGAGGUGGUCACCAUCACAGGGGACGUAGCUGGGGCAGGCACGGAUGCCAACAUCUUUGUUACUCUGUUUGGUGAUUAUGGCAUAACUCCCAAAGUGCAUCUUGCAAGCAACACUGAAAAGAGGAACCGAAAUGCUUUUGAAAAAGGCAAAACAGACGUCUUUCGCAUUAAAACUCACAACGUUGGGUCGUUAAGAAAGAUUAGAAUUGAACAUGAUAAUACAGGCUUGAGCGCUAGCUGGUUUUUGGACCGUGUCAUGGUGACUGAUAUGAACAGACCCCAUCUACGUUAUUACUUUACCUGCAACAGCUGGCUCAGCAGGAAGGAGGGUGAUGGACUUAUUGUACGUGACCUUCUGGGCACUCUGGACCCUUCUGAUAUGCCAAAAUAUAAUAAAUAUAUUGUGAGUGUCUUCACUGCAGAUGUUAAGGGGAGUGGAACAGAUGCGGAUGUGCUCAUUAAUAUUUUUGGGGAAAAUGGAGAUACCGGGGAAAGACGAUUAGAUAGUGGCAAAAACAACUUUGAGAGAGGAACAGAGGACAAGUUCACUAUUGAUGCACCCAACUUAGGAAAAAUAAGGAAGAUCACAAUUGGUCACAAUAACAGAGGCUCCUCCGCUGGAUGGUUUGUGGAAAAGGUGGUACUGGAUGACAUGGGUAACAAAGCAAUUUAUGAGUUCCCCAUAGGUCGCUGGUUUGCUAUAGAUGAAGAUGAUGGAAAGAUUCAAAGGGACAUUUUAGUUGGAGCAAGUCAACCUACAGGCAUUGCUUACAACGUGCAGGUGGUUACAGGUGACAUCAGGGGUGCAGGCACCAACUCCAAAAUCCACAUGGUCAUGCAUGGCAUGAAGGGCAUGAAGAACAGUGGAAAGGUCUUCCUAGAAGGGGGCACAUUUGAACGUGGCCUCACCGAUGUCUUUAACGUUGAGAUUGCAGCUCUCCUGAGCCCUCUGAGUCGGGUCACUAUUGGCCACGAUAACGACGGGGUCAGUGCAGGGUGGUACUGUGAAAAGGUAGUCAUUUUUUGCCCUUUCACUGGAGUCGAGCAAACAUUUCCUUGUUCUAAGUGGCUAGAUGAAGAUGAGGGUGAUGGACUCAUUGAGAGAGAGUUAUAUGAAAUGGUCUCAUUGCGAAGGAAAAGACAAAAGAAGUUCCCAUGGUCUCUCUGGAUAUGGACCUCUGAUAUUUCUGGGGCAGGCACAGACGCCUCUAUCAUACUUCAGAUAUAUGGAGAGAAUGGCAAGUCUGAUGAGAUGAAGUUGGACAACAAGACAGACAAUUUUGAGCAGGGUCAGCUUGAUAAGUUUAUGAUUGAAUUACCUGAUCUUGGCAAGCUAACAAAACUGCGAAUUUUUCACGAGAAGCGAAAUCCAUUUGCAGGAUGGCAUUUAAACCGGGUGACACUGAUGAAAACGUUAACAAAGGAGAAAUACAAUUUCCCUUGUGACCGCUGGCUAGAUACAAGUGAAGAUGACAACGAAGUCAUACGAGAGCUCACUGCCACAGGAGAUUUUGUCCAGGAACCACUGGCAGUUAUAAAGUACAGAGUUACAGUCUAUACAGGAAAUGUCAGCGGAAGUGGGACGGACGCCACAGUCUUCCUAUGCUUGAUUGGUGAUUUAGGAGACACAGGUGAUCGCCUUUUAGUAAACUGCAAGAAUAAUGUCAACAAGUUUGAGAAGGGCAAAGGUGACGAGUUUAUAAUCGAGGCUGUGUCAAUUGGACAGGUACGCAGGGUACGAAUUGGCCAUGAUGGGCGAGGAGGGGGCUGCGGAUGGUUCCUAGACAAGGUUGCGGUCAAAGAAGAUGGGCAGGCCGAAUCUGAGGCUAUAGAAUUCCCAUGUAAUAGGUGGCUUGACCAGAAUGAAGAUGAUGGCCAGAUUGUCCGGGAGCUGGUUCCAUACGCUGAUGGACAGAGACUGUUUAACGUUAGCUACCACAUCACAGUGAAGACCGGCGACAUCAGUGGCGCCAGCUCAGACUCCAGAGUCUUCGUGAAACUUUAUGGUGAGAAAGGUGACACCAGUAAAAUGAUGCUGGUUGUUUCCAUCAAUGACCUGCGGAACUACUUUGAAACUGGGAGAGUUGAUAUCUUCACGGUUGACACUUUUGACAUUGGACAAAUCAGUCGUUUAUUGAUUGGUCACACCAAUGAAGGCAUGAGGGCGGGCUGGUUUUUGGACAGUGUUCAGAUCAAGGCGCCCAACCAGGGCAAACACUACAUGUUCCCAAGUCACCGCUGGCUCUCCGAAGACGAGGCUGAUGGCAAAACCGAAGUGGAGCUUUACCCCAGCGAAAUACUUGACAUUGAAGAAUUGAUAAACUAUGAGAUUACUGUGGCGACGGGUGAUGUUUGGGCUGCAGGAACGAACGCCAAUGUUUUUAUCCAGAUAUAUGGAGACCAGGGGAAAACAGAAGUUAUAACAUUGAAAAGCAGGUCAAAUAACUUUGAAAGAGGUACUACUGAGAUAUUCAAGGUUGAAGCGAAGGAUGUAGGAAACAUAUUUAAGAUUCGCAUUGGUCAUGAUGGAUCAGGAAUCGGCUCUGGAUGGUUCUUAGAAAAGGUUGAUGUACAGUACCUGGUCAUGACCAUGGUGAGAAAGGAGAAGAAAGAGGACAAGAAGAAACACAAAAAGAAAAAAAAGAGGGAUGAGGAGGAUGAAAAGGAGGUUGAAGAAAUAAUGCAGGAAGUAGUAAAGACUUUUACUUUUCUUUGUAAUGGUUGGCUGGCUGAGGAUGAGGGAGAUGGGGAGCUGAUAGUGGAGCUUUUACCUGAAGACAAUGAAGAGUUUGAAGAAAAUAUAUAUGAAGUCAGUGUCUUUACCGGGACCAUGUGGGGGGCAGGAACCGAUUCCAAUGUUUACAUCAAUGUCUAUGGUGAGAAUGGUGACACUGGGGAGCGUCCACUGAAGAAAUCUAACAAGCUUAAUAAAUUUGAGCGUGGCCAAGAGGACGUGUUUACCAUAAAAGCAGUUGAACUGGGGCCUUUAACUAAGCUAAGAAUCCAUCAUGACAACAGCUAUGGCAGCUCAUCCUGGUACCUGGACCGAGUUGAGAUUUUAGACACUAAAAAUGACACCACGUACUACUUCCCCUGUAACCGCUGGCUGGCUGUCGAUGAAGACGAUGGCCAGAUUGGCAGAGAGCUGGUGCCUGUGGAUGAGGCCUUUAUGAAAAGGGAUGAUGAUGAUGAUGAGGAGGGUUCAGGAGCUACCCUAGGACUGGAGCAGAAAGCAAUGUCAACGACAUACACAAUACAAAUCAAAACCGGGGAGAAGAAAUAUGCUGGAACGGACGCCAAUGUGUUUGUAGUUCUUUACGGAGAGUAUGAUGACACAGGUCUCAUUCAACUGAAGGCGAGUAAAACUCACAAAAAUAAAUUUGAGAAAGGAAUGAUUGACGAGUUUACUGUGGAAGCUGUUAAUCUUGGAGAGCUUCAAAGAAUCAGAAUCGGCCAUGACAAUUUUGGUAAGGGGGGUGGUUGUGGUUGGUUCUUGGACUGGGGGAAGAUUAAUGCCCCCUCCCAGGGUCUGAAACUGUGUUUCCCAUGUGGCCGCUGGCUAGAUAAGGGAGAAGAUGAUGGGGCGUUAUUUAGGGAUUUGUACCCAGCUGAAUUGCAGACUGAGACAUACACACCAUAUGUCCCAUAUGAAAUAAAAUUGUUCACCAGUGAUAUAUUCGGAGCAGGAACAGAUGCGGACAUCUUUAUCGUUCUUUAUGGUGAAAACGGAGUUUGUACUCAGCAGAAAUCUCUCUGUGUGAAUAAAAGAGAAAGGCGCAUGUACUUUGAGAGGGGAGCGGAGGACAUGUUCAUUGUGGAGCUAGAGGAUAUAGGUGAUAUCAUUGAAAAGAUUCGCAUUGGGCAUGAUAACACCGGCACAAACCCUGGGUGGCAUCUGGACCGAGUGGAGCUUAGAAGACUUUUACGGAAAGGAAAGGGCUCUGAGACUACAAUUUUUCCAUGUGAAAGAUGGCUGGCCAAGUCUGAAGACGACGGUGAGACAGUGAGAGAGCUGGUACCUUCAGAUAUCAUCAUAGAGAGACUGCAGAGAGAUGGUACUCUGAAAUGCACUGAGACAGAAGUAGAAGAUGCACUGGAGAUUCACACGUAUAAUGUGUCUGUGGCGACUGGUGACAUGUAUGGAGCAGGGACAGAUGCCAAUGUGUUUAUAACCAUUUAUGGAGACGUUGGAGACACAGGGGAACGCAAGUUAAGCAAAUCAGAGAACAACAAGAACAAGUUUAAGAGAGGAGCAGUUGAUACCUUCAGCAUUGAGGCUGUGGACUUAGGCCAAGUGUUCAAGAUCAAGAUGCGCCAUGAUAAUGCAAUGCUAGGGGCGGACUGGUACCUGGACCAGGUAGAAAUCUUGGAUGAGGACACGGAUGAGCAGUUUAUGUUCUUAUGUGAAAGGUGGCUCUCAAAAAAUAAAGAAGAUAAAAGGAUUGAAAGAACAUUUUACGUGAAGGGAUAUGAAGGCGAAAGGAAUCCUCAGAAAAACAUGCCAAAUUCUAAGCCAAGCCUGGAUAGCAACAUGAACAAAAAGAAAAAGAAGAAAAAGGGGGCUUUAGAGGAAGGUCCAGUGAUCCCGUACCACUUUACAGUAUCAACAGCAGUAGACCGAGAUGCCAGUACCACCAGUCGGGUCUUUGUGAUUGUCAUGGGUCCAGAUUUUGAAACAGACAGACUCUGGCUGAACCUCUCUGAAGGAAAGAAAUGCUUUGAUUCUGGAUCUAUGGAACAUUUUGAAUGCUAUGGGCUGGAUGUAGGAGAAAUUAAAAAGAUAGAGUUAGGUCAUAACGGAGCCACACCAGAGAGCUGCUGGCUGGUGGAAGAAUUGUCUGUGGAAGCACCUACCAAAGGCAUUAAGUACAUUUUUUAUUGCAACUGCUGGUUUGCCAAGGAUAGAGGGGAUGGUCUUACAGCGAGAGUGUUCAAUGUACUUGAUGCUAUCCCUAUUAAUAUCAUUCAAAAGGUUGUAUAUGAGGUAACAGUUGUUACAGGAGACAUCCAGUAUGCCGGGACCGACACCAACAUUUUCAUUACAGUGUUUGGUGCCAAUGGGUGCACAGAGGAAAUCCUGUUACCAAAAAAUGAGGACAGGUUUGAAAGAGAUCAGGAAGACACCUUUAACAUGGAAAUAGAUGACAUUGCACCUCUAAAAAAGUUAAGAGUUCGCAUCGACGGGACAGGAUGUCGGCCUGACUGGUACCUGGACAAGAUUAUCAUGCGUAACCCAACCACAGAGGAAGUGUCAGUUUUCACGUAUGACAACUGGCUGUCCAAAACAAAAGGCCCAAAUAAAACAAAGGUGUGUGAGCUCCCUGCAGUGGUGAAUGAUGAGGAGAUGGUGGAGAAAACGACCUAUAUUGUUCAGGUUAAAACCAGUGACAUUGCUGGUGCAGGUACGGAUGCGAAUGUGUUUCUUAUUGUAUUUGGGGAAAACGGGGACACGGGCAUGCUGGCACUGAAAGAGUCGGGCAACAGGAACAAGUUUGAGCGCAAACAGUUGGAUGUUUUCAACGUUCCUGACAUCUUCAGUCUGGGUGAGCUGUGCAAGGUCCGAGUGUGGCACGAUAACAAGGGUCCCGCUCCUGGUUGGCACCUAGAAAGCAUAGAUGUAAAAGAUGAGUUAUUGAGCCAAACCUUUCGCUUUCCUUGCGACCGCUGGCUGGCCAAAAAUGAGGAUGAUGGCCAAAUUAUUCGGGAACUGGCUUGUGCCAACAAUGACAUACUGGACCUCAGUGAGAAGACCAAAUAUGAAAUUGAAAUUACAACAGCUGACGAUGAUGAUGCAGGAACCAAGGAGAAUGUGUGGAUAGUGCUGGAGGGGAGAAGAGCUCGUUCAAAAGAGUUUAUGUUGGAAAAUUCUUCAAAGAGAAAAAGAUUCUUGAGGGGUGCAACUGACUCUUUUGAGUUUUCCUCAAAACUUUUGGGAGAUAUUGUUGGUAUCACUCUGGGUCAUAUAACAAAAGAAAAGAAAGUGAAGAAUGAGGUGUACUGGCAUGUACAGGAGGUGGUAGUGACAGAACAAGAGCUUGGAAACAAGUACAUUUUUCAUUGCAAGGCUCAGAUCCCUCUUGCUGCAAAAAAGACUGAAUUUGUGACAUUCGAGUGCACCAAGUGUGUGGAGAGCUUUGCCAGCAAGGUGCGCAGUUUGGUUCCAGUCAAAUAUGAGAUCAUAAUCAUCACGGAGGACGUGAAGGGAGCCGGGACGGACGCCAACGUCUUCAUCACCAUCUACGGUGUGAACGGAGACUCGGGGAGACGGCAGCUGAAACAGAAGUUCAGGAACCUGUUUGAGAGGGGUCGCACUGACCGCUUUGUGCUGGAGUUGCUGGACCUGGGUGAUCUUCUGAGAGUAAACAUGGAGCAUGAUAACACUGGACAGGCACCUGGCUGGUUUCUGGCAUGUGUGGAAAUUAUAAAUACUGCCAACUUGGUAACCACAAUCUUCUCUUGUGGAAAGUGGUUGGACAAGACCAAGAUGGAUGGGAAAAUUGAAAGAGUCUUGUACCCCAGAUACUAA